AUGGGCGCCGCAUACCCUUCCAUAUUCACUCUCCCGCACAUUCCCGCACCCAGCGAUGGUGUCGACACGGGCACCAUCUUUGAGCAACGCGACACAGAGGGCGCCAUCACGGACGUCCUCGACAGCCAGCCGCCGGCACUCAUGACUGAUGGCGGUACAACGCUUCGCAAAGCCGAGCACACCCAGUUCCUAGCCUCUACCUUUUUCAGGUUGCCGUCGGCCUAUGUCUCGUUGGACGCGAGCAAGCCGUGGCUCAUGUUCUGGACCGUCCACAGCCUGGACCUGUUGGGCGUCGCGCUCGACCAGGGGACAAAGGAUCGUGCAAUCAACACCAUCAUGGCCUACCUGUCCCCUGCAGGCGGGUUUGCCGGCGGCGCCAACAACUCGCACCUUCCCCAUCUGCUGCCGACGUACGCCUCGGUUUGCUCACUCGCGAUCGUGGGCAACGCAUCGGCCACGGGCGGAUGGGACCGAGUCGCAGCAAUGAGGCAGGAGACGUACGACUUCUUCAUGCGCUGUAAGCGUCCUGACGGCGGCUUUGUCGUGUGCGAUGGUGGAGAGAUUGAUGUUCGUGGCACAUACUGCCUUUUGGUAGUGGCGACGCUCCUCGACAUCAUUACCCCCGAGCUUGUCCACAACGUGGACAAGUUUAUCGCCGCAUGUCAGACGUACGAGGGAGGAUUUGCAUGCUCGACAUGGGCCUUUGGUGUCGGACCUUAUGACGAUCCCACCGAGUCGACCACUCGCGCAGCCAUGGCCGAAGCGCACGGCGGAUACACGUCGUGUUCACUUGCAUCGCACUUUCUCUUGUCCUCCAUCGUCCCCACCGACGGUGCUCCCUUGGCCUCCCUCGCCCCCUCGUUCCCGGCGCCCAUCGAUGUUGCGUCGGCGGUGCGCUGGUCGGCCCUCAUGCAAGGCGAGGCUGGUGAGGCUGGUGGAUUCCGUGGCCGCUCCAACAAGCUAGUUGAUGGGUGCUAUGGAUGGUGGGUCGGCGGUGGAUUCCCCGUCCUGGAAACUCUUCUCAAGCGCGAGAAGAGCCGCCAAGACGCACUUCACGCCGACACGUCGGCCAAGAUCGCCAUUGUCGACGACGACGGUAACGACGAGUGGGCCGACGAAGAGGCCAUGCACCAUCUCUUCAACAGGGUGGCUUUGCAAGAAUACAUCCUCCUUGCCGCCCAGAAGGAGCCCGGAGCUACUGGUGGCCUGCGUGACAAGCCCCUCAAACGUCCCGACCUGUACCACACCUGCAACAACCUCUCUGGCCUGUCAAUCGCUCAGCACAGGCUCAACCACUCGCCGACGUCAGUGGCUGCCAAGGCGGCCGCGUUCGACGACACCAAGGGCCUGCCGCCCGUCAAUCCUACCAAGCCGGAGGGGGGCUGGGCGAGCGAGGAAGAGCGCCAGCGUGCUCGUCGUCAAAUCUAUGCCAGUGUCCUCGGUUGGGUCGAGGACGAAAAGGCAGAGUUGGUGGUCGGAGGCAGCGACAGUCGUGUGAAUACGACGAUGCCUGUGGUUAACAUUCUGGGACUGCGCCUGAAACCGUUUGUGGAUUACUUUUACGGGCAGGCGUGA